CGGAAUGCACUUAAAGGCAUGGUACGUCCUCAGAGUUUAAAGAUUUGUCAAUUCCAAAUAAACACGGGCUUCAUACCGGAACAAGAAACAUUGAUAACAUUUUCCUCGAAUGAUCUCGAUGAUUUACCGGAUGCCGAUCAGGUUCCUCAUGACUUUUCGGUUUCGCUGUCGUUGAGAUUCACGGAUAACGAAUUUCCGCCGAGUAGGAAUCCUCCUUGGUUACCAGCAAAGCCCAUAAGAAACGCACAACAUAUAUUUAGUUCGCAAUUAGAAUUCGAGGAAAUGGUGGAUAAUUUCGUGACAAAACCUAGUUCCAUCAACAAACCUACGCCUGUUAGGUCAGCUGCUUCGGUAGAUAAAGCCUAUUUUACCAGAUGCUACCGAAAUAAAGCAAGAGGAUGUACCUCGAAUCCAACCUCAACCAUCACCACCAAUAGACAUGCUCAAUUUAAGCCAGCCCCAACCCCAGCUGCCGGUGCAAGAUCCACAAGCCACUGUUAUGCCAACGAGUGACGCUAGUUUCGAUUUGCUUGGAGCAUUCGGGGAUGAUAAUUCAUCUGGCAUUGGCUCGGCUCCAAUACCUGAUAUUUUAGGUAAGGAUUUGGUAGAUUCAAAAAAGUCUUAGACUUUUAGGCGGCCAUCCAAAUUAAUAUUUGCUAAGUUCUGAAU